AAGAAAAAAUAGUAGAAAUUAUUGAAAGUGGACAAAAUUUACCACUUAUACAAAACGAUAAAAGAAAAUUAAUUAUAAAAAAAGAAAAUGUUAAAAAACAAAAAAUUAAUACUAUUAGCUUAGAUACUAAAGAUAGUAUUAUUGAUUUGAAUAUUCAAGAUGAAAUUAGUUUUCAUAUUGUUGGAAAAUAUACUUUAAAAUUUAACUAA